AUGGUGGCUCGAAACUUUGAAGACCUCCUCCAGUGCUCAUUUCCUGUCUUCAACUGUCUUCUUCCAGAACCACACAAUGGGACUGUUCUUCAGUUGCUAUUUACAAUGGCCCACUGGCACAGACUGGCCAAACUCCAUAUGCAUUCUGAUUUAACAUUGGAAAUCAUGGACCAAGUUACUACAGUGGUCAGCAAACAGUUUUGUCAUUUCAAAGCUACUGUUUGCUCUGCCUAUGUUACCCACAAACUUCAUCAGGAGGCCGAGGCUCAUACCAGACACCAUGCAAAGCAGGCGGCCAAGCAACAAGGAGGGUCAAAAGGGAAGCAAAAAGUGCCCCUUGUCUUCAACUUUCAGACAUAUAAGUUUCAUGUGUUGGGAGACUAUGUGUUGACAAUUCACCAGUAUGGCAUGUGUGAUUCAUACAGCACUGAACCAGUCAGUCCAUGA